AUACUGUAGCACAGAAGCAUAUCAGUACUAUUGUUAGUGUCGUUGAAGAGGAAUUAGUGAUAAAAUGCGUGGACUCCAAAUUUGUUUAUUAUUGGCAUUGUGCGCUGUGGUGAAAACAGGGUACAUAGGGUAUGCGAACUAUGGUGGUUACAAAAGUUUUCCAGGAUACAUCGUUCAUGGAUAUAGUGGCUACAGCGGCGGUAAUCACGGCGAAUAUCACGCGUACCCUAAAUAUGCCUUCGAUUAUUCAGUAAAUGAUCCCCACACCGGUGACCACAAAACACAGUGGGAGUCCCGUGAUGGGGAUGUCGUCAAAGGUGCCUACUCUCUUGCCGAGCCUGAUGGCACAACUCGUAUAGUGGAGUAUACAGCUGACAAACACAAUGGUUUCAAUGCGGUUGUCAAGCGAAUUGGCCAUGCUCAUCAUCCACAAAUAUAUGGAAAACACUAUAUUAGACCUGGAUAUUAUGGAUACCAUUAGAUUAAAAUAAUAAUAUAAAAAGUAUACAACAAUGAUCAAUAGAUGACAGCACGUGACCAUUAACUGUGAUAGUGUUGAUAUUAAAAACUCUUUUAUACAUUUAUAUUAAUUAUCUGUGAAAAAUAAUUUAUUUUUGCAAUUAAAGAAGAAAUAAA